AUGAAGGGAACUGAAAUUAAGUAAAGUGAAGUAAAGUGAAGGACAGGAAAGUGAAGGACAGGAAAGUGAAGGACAGGAAAGUGAAGGACAGGAAAGUGAAAGACAGGAAAGUGAAGGACAGGAAAGAAAGUGAAGGGCAGGAAAGUGAAGGACAAGAAAGUGAAGGACAAGAAAGUGAAGGAUAGGGAAGUGAAGGACAGGGAAGUGAAGGACAGGAAAGUGAAGGACGGGAAAGUGAAGGACAGGAAAGUGAAGGAUAAGGAAGUAAAGGAUAAGGAAGUAAAGGACAGGAAAGUGAAGGACAGGAAAGUGAAGGACAGGAAAGUGAAGGAUAGGAAAGUGAAGGACAGGAAAGUGAAGGACAGGAAAGUGAAGGACAGGAAAGUGAAGGACAGGAAAGUGAAGGAUAGGAAAGUGAAGGAUAGGAAAGUGAAGGACAGGAAAGUGAAGGACAGGAAAGUGAAGGACAGAAAAGUGAAGGACAGGAAAGGAAAUGGAAGUUAA